UUUCCCACCUCCUAAUCGUACUUCAAAUCAUUUCCUUCCUAGCAAAGCAAGCAUCGUCCACUCAAACUCCAUUAUUUCCGUUAGUUGAAGUUCAAAUCAAUUGACAAAUCAUGGAAGUUGAAAUCAUCUCAAGAGAAAUCAUCAAGCCUGCAACCCUAGAGGAGAUGCCUCAAGAUGACCCAAAAACCUUCCAAGUUUCACUUCUAGACAAGGUCUCCCCUCAUGCUUAUAUUCCCAUCAUCUUCUUCUACUCCAUGAAAGAAGAAACUGAUAAUAGCCAUAUUUUCUUCAAGGAAAAUACUGCAACUAGAUUGAAAAUUUCUCUAUCCAAAACAUUGGCUCACUUCCCAAUUCUCACAGGAAAAAUCAAAGGCAAUUUGAUUCAUUGCUCCAAUGAGGAUGAUGAAGUUGGUGCUCUAUUUGUUGAGGCCAAAGUCCAAAAAAUCACCAUGGGCAAUUUCCUCAAAAACCCAAAUCUCCAAUUUCUUGCCCAAUUCCUUCCUUUCCCUGCUGCCCCAAAUGAACCAUUAGAGAGAACCAUACAAAUUGGAGCUCAAGUUAGCUUUUUCUCUUGUGGUGGACUUGCAAUUGGCUUCUCUUUCUUCCACAAAAUUAUAGAUGGAACCACUAUGAGGGCCUUCAUUAAAUCUUUGGCAGCUGCUGCAUCCAAUUUUGAAGGGAUAUCAAAAAACUUGGUGUGUGAAGGUUACCAAUAUUCAACUUCUUCACUAUUUCCAGCCAGAGAGAUCUCAGCUGAUUACAAUUUGUUUUCUUCCAAAACCCCAUUUGUUGUGGCUCAAGGAAAAAACAGCACUUGUAGAAGAUUUGUUUUUGAUUCUAUGGCCAUAUCAAAUUUGAAGGCUAGAGCUAAAUCUACUAGGGUUCUCAACCCAACAACCGUUGAAGUUGUAACUUGCAUCAUUUGGAAGUACGCCAUGAAAGCAUCCCGAAGACGUAGAUUAUCGGAUGGUGGAGAGCAAAAUUUUGUUAAUUUGAAAUGGAGGUCAACCUUAAUUCAUUUGAUUAAUAUGCGAAGAAGAAUGCAUCCACCUUUGUCUGAAAAUGAGGUUGGCAACAUUUAUCGGAGAAGUUCUACUUAUUAUGAAGCAUCAAACGACACAGUGACAACGUUGGACGAUCUCGAAAGUCUAUUGAGACAAUCGUUGUCUAAAAUCGACAACGAUUUGUUACAUAAAGUAAUUGGAGACGAAGGAUUCGACACUCUUUUGAGCUCACUCGAACAAUUGCAUGAACUUUAUGAAACGAGUGAUGAGUGCUAUUUGUUUACGAGUUGGCGUAACAUGGGUUUAAAUGAAGUGAAUUUUGGAUGGGGAAAACUUGUAUGGAAUGCAUGUGGAGCAAACACGUUCAACUCUAUGUUGAAAAAUGUAAUUAUUUUGAUGGAUACAGUGAAAGGUGAAGGAUUAGAAGCAUGGGUGUUGUUAGAUGAUGAAACGAUGAACUUGCUAGAAAAUGAUGACGAGUUUCUCGAGUUUGCCACUCCCAACCCGAGCAUAUCUCAUCCGCGAGGGGAUCAAAAUAGAUGAAUAUAAGCGUGAGAGUAAUAACUAUGCUCGUUUUGGCAAAUUUGACGGUCUUUUCUGUCCCAUUUAAGUUUUAUAUUCAUGUAACUGAAGUACUAUCUAGUUGGUUGUGUAUUUUAAUUGAGUUGUUAAGCAUGUUUGUUAGUCAAUAUCUAGAGUCUAAUAAAAUAUAUAAGACUGAGGUUGUAUUUUUCAUCUUGAGCUAUUCAUA